AUGCGCGCAAAAUCGUGCUUUCUGCAAGCCGGAAAGCUGAGGGACCGCGGCCGCAUAUUUUUAUUCACCCCAGUUGUUCUGCCUGCCAAAGCCAGGUCAGAGACGUGGGUGAAUCCAUGGCCACAAGCCCUGGACAUGCCAGGAAGUGCACGCUGCGUGCGCCUGGCCUGCGGUGCUAAGCACACGCUCUUCCUCACAGCAACCGGGCAGCUAUACGGCUGCGGGCAGAACGCGCAGCGACAGCUCAGCAGCGCUGUGUCUGGCUGCGUCACCACCACAGAACUUCCCUUCAGCCACGAGAACGGCCUGCCGGUCGAUAUCUUCUGCCACCCCAGCCUGAACGUUUCAGUGGUGCUGACCAAGGAGAACAGGUUCUUCAUCUGUGGCGAAGCCGGCAGUCUCUUUCACACAGCCGGGCUCAUUGAGCACUUCCUGCCAUACGACAGGGAUGCGAUCAUGAUCGAGAACCGCAUCGUGUGCAUGAAGCACAGCACUGGCCAGGUGUACAUACCCGGGUUCAACGAUCCCAAGGUCGGCACAGUUGAGCUGGUUGCAGCGCAAGAGGCAGAGGAGCCCGAGCCCGAUGGAGCUUAUGCUUGCCGGCUGCUGGAGCGGCACUUGGCUGUGGACAGCCUACGGCGCUUGACUCAUCAAGCACUGGAGGAAGCUGAGAUCGAGGGUGCAGCGACGAGCUUUGUCAUUACCGACUAUGGCUCGGAGCUCUUUUUCUUGAUCACGCAGAAUGCAAAGAUUGGUUCGCUCAUCCAGGCCACAGCCUCUGCGCCGAACUCCGGCGACACGGCAGACUUAGGAGGUCUCGCCAGAGGUGAGCGCACCUACGACGUCCAGGUGCUCUUCGGAGAUCGGCGGGCAGAGCAUUACAGAGCUAUCGCACGGUCUCUCAUCGAGGUGGUGGCGCAGAAAUCUUCGAAGCCCAUCCUAUUAGGUAUCCAACUCAAGGAGCACAACGUCCAAGUGUUUAGGGCCAUUCUGCAGCAGCUCCGCGAGAAGAUCGGUCCUGUGGUGGCUGCAGAGGAGGUGGAUGAGUUCGCGGAUUUUGAGGGGCGGGGUUCGUGA